UAAACUUUAACAGUCUUUAAAGUGCUAUGAACAUAUUACGCCUUAUUUCUGAAGCCAUAUAAGCGCUUGGAGGAUGAAGAUUCCUGUCUGACAACUUAAAUUUAUAUCCAAUUAGAACUUCUCUUUUUCAUUUUCAUUGAGAUCGAACUCACCGAAAUACGAGUUCACUGAGACAUAAGAAAAGGAAAUUUGCCUACGACCCAUAGACUUUAUGUGAAAGAAAACAAAUUGAAACGUUAAUUACUCAAAUUUUCAAUUUAUAAAUGAGAAAUAUCUGAUAUCAAUCUGAUCAAUCGAUUGGUAAGAAAAAAAAUAAACAAAGUUGCCUAAACUUGUAGAAACGAAGAUAAAUUCUCCAAGUCAAAAAAAAAACUAAGCAAUCACUGAUUAACAGCAACAUAUGUCGCUUCGAAUAACCUACAAAUUAGUUACCAGUUAGUCAAAACAAAAAACAUUUAAACUUAUUACUAAUGUAUUUGACUAAUUUUAACAAAAUUCAUUUAAAAUGCUCUCCAAUCCAAUUAAUAAUAUUUAUCUUCUUAUUUAUUGAUCAAAAUCCCCAAAAUAGAAAAUAAAACUAGUUUUUUACACCAAAAUAUUUAUAUUAGAUAUUAAACUUUAAACAUAUGCAUGUAAAGUAGACCAUAAAAAAAAGUCUAUAAUGAAAUUCCUUUAAGCGCUACCGUGACACUGAAAUCGGCGGCGCGAGCACCCACAAAUUGAAUUAAUUUAUCAAACGUAGACAGUUGACCUGGAGAGAAAGAGAUAUGGUGUCUAGUGGUUUUAUUUGUAUAUUUUUAUUUUUUGCUUUCUUAGAGAUGGAUGACCUCAGAGCUUAGCUUAACUCAACUUGGGCAUCAUCAUCAUCAUUUCUGCAUACCUAACUUACAACUAUCAAAAGUUUGUUAAUUGUUUCACAAUUUUGGCUCUUAAUGUAAACUAAUGGGGCUCGUGUUAUGCAUAGAUACACGUUGAAAGUGGCGUUAGGAGAAGAGUUAGUAUAAAAUGUUAAUGGAUCUGUCCAAAAGUAUCAUUCUCUGUUCGAAGCUUACCAAGUAAACAACAAGAUGCGUGCUUUUUUGACUCUUUGCCUUAUCGCUGUUGCGUCUUCUGAAAGAUUGGGAUACAAUUAUCAGCCCAGCAGUGGUUCACUGGGAGGUGGAAGCGGUAUUGGAGGCGGAUUUGGUAGUGGAAGUGGAUUUGGAGGAGGUCUUAGCUCCGGUGGUUCAUACAGCAGCGGUGGUGGCUUUAGCAGUGGAGGAUUAGGUUCUGCUGGUGGAAUUGGUGGUGGCUCUUACAGCAGCGGAGGUGGAUUUGGCAAUGGUGGAAUUGGUUCUAACUCAUACAGUGGAGGCGGCUAUGCUGCUCCAGCUGCACCAGUUGUUACCGAACUCAACAAGGAAUACUACUUCCACUCUGCACCCGAAGAAGAAUAUGAUGCCGGCAACAGUCAAAAUUCUCAAUCAACUUUGAAGAGGAACUUACGUGUUGUUUUCAUCAAAGCACCAGAAAACAACGGAUUAGCUAAUGCUGCUUUACAGGUUGCCAAACAAUCAACAGAAGAUCAAACUGCCAUUUAUGUUUUGACCAAACAAGCUGAUGUAUCUGAUAUCACCCAGCAAUUGCAACAGGCUCAACAAGUCCAAUCAAAGAAACCUGAAGUACACUUUGUUAAGUACAGGACACAAGAAGAUGCUGCUAAUGCUCAACGUGCUAUUCAAGCUCAAUAUGAUGCUCUAGGUGGAAGUUCAAAGAGUUCCAACGAAGGUGUAGCUCCAGUUUUGAAUUAUGCUUCAAGCAGCCCUGUUUCAAACUACCAAGGAUCUGCUUCACAAAAUGCAGGCAGUUAUUCAGCUGGUGGAAUUGGUUCAGCUUCUGGGCUAUCCGGUUCAUAUGCAGCACCAUCGAGUUCAUUCUCGGCACCAUCAGGCACUGGAUCAUAUUCAGCACCAUCAUCAUCAUACUUAGCUCCAGCUUCAGCUCCAAAGAGCUCUUACUUGCCCCCAGUGGUGGUUUAAGAGUCCAAAAUUGUUAUUGUGAUUUAUAAUUCGA